CCUUCCCUCUGCCUUCUUCCAACUCCCACCAGCUUUUUCUCUCGGCUCCUCUCUCCUUCUCUCUCUAGAGAAAUGCCGGGUGCCCAUCAAAUUCUCUUCAUUCUAAUCCUCUCAUUGUUGGUGAACUCAGGCCUCACACUCCCACACAGUAAGGGCCUUCGACCCAUCCCCCGUCACCAACAGCCGGCUACCCCACAGGGGAUGCCGUCUCCUGCCACAAGGAACCAACAGAUAGAGGAGCAAUUCAUGAUGUGGGUAAGGUGGAUGGACACUCUAAACCACUCCCUCUUUGAGACCGCCAUGAACAAGGUAUACCCUUCCUUCGUGCUCACUGUCGACAAGAACCCCGCCGCCGGGGACUUUAGGACGAUACAGGCCGCCAUCGACUCCUUACCCAUCAUUAAUUCAGUUAGAGUAAUCAUCAAAGUGAAUGCAGGGAUCUACAAGGAGAAGGUGAACAUUCCUGCAACCAAGUCAUUUAUCACCAUAGAAGGAGCAGGUGCGGACAAGACGGUGGUGGAAUGGGGUGACACGGCUCAGACACUGGGGUCAAAUGGGCAUCCCAUUGGAACCUUCAACUCUGCAACUUUUGCUGUGAAUUCUCCCUACUUUGUAGCCAAAAAUAUUACUUUUAAGAACACGACGCCGGUUCCGCCACCAGGAGCGGUAGGCAAGCAGGCAGUGGCAUUGAGGAUCUCGGGGGAUACAGCUGCAUUUGUGGGCUGCAAGUUUCUGGGUGGGCAAGACACACUGUAUGAUCACUUGGGCAGGCACUACUAUAAGGACUGCUACAUUGAGGGAUCUGUUGAUUUCAUCUUUGGCAAUGGCCUGUCUCUCUUUGAGGGCUGCCAUGUACAUGCAAUUGCUCAGAACUAUGGAGCUCUCACAGCGCAGGACAGGAUGAGCCUGCUCGAUGACACAGGCUUCUCAUUUGUGAACUGCAGGGUAACUGGUUCAGGUGUGGUUUUCCUUGGGAGGGCAUGGGGCACCUUCUCUAGAGUCAUCUUUGCCUACACUUACAUGGACAAUAUCAUCAUCCCCCAAGGCUGGUAUAAUUGGGGUGAUCCCAACAGAGAGAUGACUGUUUUCUAUGGGCAAUACAAGUGCCUGGGGCCGGGAGCAAACUAUGCUGGCAGGGUUGCUUGGUCAAGAGAGUUGACAGAUGACGAGGCCAGACCAUUCAUCAAUCUUAACUUUAUUGAUGGCACAGAGUGGAUCAAGAUCUGAUCUUCAGUUUAGCUAGGCUCACACAUUGUAAAUUGGUGCCAAAUUCAACAACAUCCCAUUGUCCAUGACCUUAAUUCAUGAAUCAUUGAUAGAGAAAGAUUUGGAUUUUUAA